UCUAAUAGAUGGUUUCACCCAAACAUUACUGGGGUGGAGGCAGAAAACCUGCUGUUAACAAGAGGAGUGGAUGGCAGCUUUUUGGCACGGCCUAGCAAAAGUAACCCAGGAGACUUCACGCUCUCUGUUAGACGAACUGGAGCUGUCACCCACAUCAAGAUCCAGAACACAGGAGACUACUAUGACCUCUAUGGAGGAGAGAAGUUUGCUACGUUGGCUGAGUUAGUUCAGUAUUACAUGGAACAUCAUGGGCAGCUCAAGGAAAAGAAUGGAGAUGUUAUAGAGUUGAAAUACCCACUGAACUGUGCUGAUCCUACAUCUGAAAGGUGGUUUCAUGGGCAUCUCUCUGGAAGAGAAGCUGAAAAACUAUUAACAGAAAAAGGAAAACAUGGAAGCUUUCUUGUGCGUGAGAGUCAAAGCCACCCUGGGGACUUUGUUCUUUCUGUCCGGACAGGAGAUGAUAAAGGAGAGAGUAAUGAUGGGAAAUCUAAAGUGACACAUGUCAUGAUUCACUGCCAGGAUCUAAAAUAUGACGUUGGUGGAGGAGAGAAAUUUGACUCUCUGACAGAUCUGGUGGAACAUUACAAGAAGAACCCUAUGGUAGAAACUUUGGGCACAGUGUUGCAACUGAAGCAGCCCCUGAAUACCACCCGUAUUAAUGCUGCAGAGAUCGAGAGCAGAGUGCGAGAGCUAAGCAAGCUGGCAGAGACUACAGAUAAAGUCAAGCAGGGCUUCUGGGAGGAAUUUGAGACUUUACAGCAGCAAGAAUGCAAACUUCUCUAUAGUCGUAAAGAAGGUCAGCGCCAGGAGAACAAAAACAAAAAUAGAUACAAAAACAUUUUACCCUUUGACCAUACGAGAGUUGUUCUACAUGAUGGGGAUCCAAAUGAGCCUGUUUCAGACUAUAUCAAUGCUAAUAUUAUUAUGCCUGAGUUUGAAACCAAGUGCAACAACUCGAAGCCAAAAAAAAGCUACAUUGCUACUCAAGGUUGCCUACAGAAUACAGUGAAUGACUUCUGGAGGAUGGUGUUCCAGGAGAAUUCUCGAGUUAUUGUUAUGACAACAAAAGAAGUUGAAAGAGGAAAGAGUAAGUGCGUCAAGUACUGGCCUGAUGAAUAUUCCCUAAAGGAGUAUGGAGUUAUGCGUGUCAGGAAUGUUAAGGAGAGUGCAGCACAUGAUUACACACUAAGAGAACUUAAGCUUUCUAAAGUUGGGCAAGGGAACACAGAGAGAACAGUCUGGCAAUAUCACUUCAGGACUUGGCCUGAUCAUGGAGUCCCAAGUGACCCUGGUGGUGUACUAGACUUUCUAGAGGAGGUGCACCAUAAGCAGGAGAGCAUUUCUGAUGCAGGACCAGUUGUGGUCCACUGCAGUGCUGGGAUUGGGCGAACAGGAACUUUCAUUGUGAUUGAUAUUCUUAUUGACAUAAUCAGAGAAAAAGGUGUGGACUGUGAUAUUGAUGUUCCAAAGACCAUUCAGAUGGUGAGAUCACAGCGGUCAGGAAUGGUUCAGACAGAAGCACAGUACAGGUUUAUUUACAUGGCAGUACAGCACUACAUUGAAACGCUACAGCGCAGAAUCGAGGAGGAGCAGAAGAGUAAGAGGAAAGGUCAUGAAUACACAAACAUUAAAUAUUCUUUAUCGGACCAGACAAGUGGGGAUCAGAGCCCUCUUCUACCCUGUACCCCAACCCCAGCGUGUCCAGAAAUGAGAGAAGAUAGUGCUAGAGUAUAUGAAAAUGUGGGGCUGAUGCAACAGCAGAAGAGUUUCAGAUGAGAAGAUGUACAGAGACUUCCAUGCAAAGGCAGAAAUGAAUAUGGUUUUUAAAAAGGUCAAGAAAGAGAUGGAAGAAGCUUCACAUGAACGGUGAACUCUGAGGGCUUGGUACCUUUUUAUUUACGGUUUUAAUCCUUCAACAGUAGGCAAAACUUCAGACCAUCUAAAGAUUGUUGAUAUCUCUUCUCUCCAAUACCUGAUUUACAAUUGCUCGUUUUCCAAAUAAAAGGAAAUCCUUUCUACAAUGUAGACAACUACUUUGUAGAGUCAGUUUUGCAUCCCACAGGCUGUUGGACUGUCAUCCAUUUGGUUUUUAAAUAGUGUCUUU